AUGAACAGAGCAUAUCAGAUACAUAUAGAAAGAAUACAAGCACACGAUUCACGACAUCAGAAUACAAGUCAAGCAUAUACAGUACUUCAAACUCUAGACCCAGAUUUAUCCUGUCAGCUGUGCUAUCCAGGAACAACUCUUCACCGAUCAUAUCGCAACUUUUGGAAUUGGUAUAAACGAACCUACUACGCCCAAUCCUAUUCUCAACAAACUGCAACUGCACAUCUAGAAUUAAUUAAUAGCUCUACCUACUCUAGAGCCAGAGCAGCAGCACGUGAUAUAAUAUUUAGUUGUCGAUAUAAUAUCCCUAUAGAAAACCCUAAAAACAUUGUCGAAACCCUCCUAGUUAAAUAUACUAGAUACACUCUACAAUCUCAUCUCCCUUUGGGCUUUGAAGCUACAGCCUUUGACAUCUAUAUUGAAUUCCCAGCUAGUGCCCCUACCCUCAACCCUUAUUUAAAUAGAACCCCAGAAGAGGCUUUAGGCGAUCUUG